AUGGAGGCUUGCUCCAUGAUAGGAGAAAGCACGGAUGCGAUAAUGAUGGGUGAUUCUCCUACAGAAGAAAGGGGAAUCCAGGAGGCUUGCCAAAGCGAGAUCCCGGUGGUGUCUCUGUGCCCUCCUGACAGCAAGUGCUCAGUGGAGGCCCAGUUGACAGUCAUCCAGUCUGAAGAGGAGCUCUGUGACAGCUGCAGCAGCCUCGGCAGGCCCUCUUCCUCCUGCCAGCUUUAUCACCAAGUCCCACAUGGUCCUCAGGCUGGAGCCUACGAUUCACCACAGCCCCGAAAAUGUCCCCACUGCAACCAUUAUGGUCCAAUCAAAACAAACACCUGCCGAGACUGUCCCUCAAACACAACAGGUCCUCAUGCUGAAGGAGGUGCAGUGGUCAAAGUGGGACAUAACCGUAGUUCUGCCCAACAGACGUCUCGUCACAGGGCAGUGAGAUGUCACUGGCUGCAUGGGUCAAAUGAAAACAGGACACAGAAACCAACGCAGCGACACGUGGUGACAGUAAGGGAUGGUGGACUCCACUGCAUCCUUAGAAAUUAUUGCCAGGUGAUAGUGGACUAUCCGUUAGCAGUGCUGGUGGGUUGUGCCGUGCUGCUGCUGGGAUGCUCACUGGCUGGACUCUUCAUUGGUCCACUGCCAGACUUCUCUGACCCGCUGCUGGGCUUCGAGCCACGGGGAACAUAUAUCGGAGUUCGCCAGUCCAGCUUGUCUGAGCUGCAGGAGAACACUGGCCCGGGGAAAAAACUGUCUCCUUUACCACAGCAGCUCAGUAAAAGUUUUGGGAGUGCUGUCAGUGGAGACGGCAGUGGCAGCAAGGACACCUCAAGGCUUCGCAUCAAGAGGAUGCUGGCAAGAGAUUCCUCUCCGGAUACAUUUCUCUGUGAUGCCCCAGGCGAGCGUUUGGCUCAGCUGGUGUUUCGAUCAGAAAACUCAGCCAGUCUCUGGAGUCUGAAGGCGAUCCACGCCAUGUGUGAGAUGGAGAAGUCCAGGAUUCGCUCCCAGACUCAGUUCCAGGACUUGUGCCAGCAGCAUGUGAGGGGGGAGGCCGAGGGAACAGCCAGAGGCGGCUGUUGUCCGAGCUGGUCUCUGGGGAAUUACUUGGCUGUCCUCACUAAUGCCUCCUGCUGCCUCAGCCUUACCUCGCACCAGGUGUCCGAGUCUCUGAACCUUCUCAGAAAAUGUGCUCCGUACUAUCACGAAGGACAUCUUGUAGAAGGCUGUGUCGAGAGACCCAAACAAGGUGGCUGUUCCUCUGUGCCGUCCCGCUGUAAACAAUCCCGUGUGGUGUUCCAAAUCCUGCACUUCCUGGUUGAUAAAGACUUCCUCGGCCCGCAGACUGUUGAAUACCAAAUCCCCACGCUGAAGUACAGCCUUCUGUUCUUACCCGUCGACAAAGGAGAACACAUGAUGGAGAUAUACAUGAACAGUCUUGAAGGCAGAGAUCUGACGUACAACAACACCACUAUCACUGGCAUGGACUUUGGAAUCAAGCAGAGGCUUUUCAAGUAUUACCUGGCAAGAGAUUCAAUCUAUCCUGUCCUGGCCGUUGUGUCUCUUCUUUUCACCAUGGCGCUUUAUCUCCACUCUCUUUUCAUUGUAGCAUUAUCUGUUAUAGCAAUCACAGGCUCCCUCCUGACCUCCUAUUUCUUCUAUAAAGUAGCAUUUCGCCUGACAUUCUUCCCCUUGGUCAACCUCUCAGCAGCUCUGAUUCUCCUGGGAAGCUGCUCCAACCAGGUUUUCAUUUUUGCUGAUUUCUGGAAUCUGCAGUUAUCCCACAACCCAUCAGCCUCCCUGGAGAAGAGAGCAAACAGAGCUUUGCAGGAAGUCGGCUAUUUGAUUUUGGCGUCGGGGUUGACCUCCAGCGCAGCAUUUUUUUCUGGUUAUCUCAGCAGCAUCACAGCAAUCAGAUGUUUUUCUGUUUAUCUAGGAACUGCCUCAUUUAUCAGCUCAAUCUUGGCGUUGGUGUGGCUGCCAUGCGCUUUCAUUCUGCGCGAGCGCUACACAGAGGCGUCCUCUGCAUCUGCAGCAGUGCAGGGAUGGAAACCAUGUUGUUCCAAAAAUCCCGGUGGCUUCUGGGAUACAAGUUCGCGCAAAAGAUGCCUGUUCACUCUCGGGCAGAAGCUGAGAGAAUUAAAAAAAGGUCUCAGCGACACGUCCAAUUUGUUAUUUCUGAAAAUCCUGCCUUGUGGAGUGGUGAAGUUUCGGUACAUCUGGGUGUGCUGGUUUGCAGUGCUCGCUGCUGGGGGCACGUACAUGUCCUGCAUCGACCCAGGCAUGAAGCUGCCCACCUUGGACAGCCGGGUCGCCCAGCUUUUUCGCUCCAGUCACCCGUUUGAGAGAUAUGACGCAGAGUAUCGCCACAUGUUUAUGUUUGAGAGACAGAGGAAUGGAGAGGAUAAACCUGUUACACUAAUGCUGGUUUGGGGUGUCAAACCAACUGAUAACGGGGAUCACUUUAACCCCAAGAGCAAUGGCUCUUUGGUUCUUGACCCAGACUUUAACAUGAGCCGACCAGACGCUCAGGUUUGGUUGAGGGACUUAUGUGGACGGGUUCAGAACCAAAGCUUUUAUUCCCCUCCGUCACCUGAGGAUAAGGACGUUAUGUUAGACAAUAUCUGUCUUGUGGAGCAGCUAAUACAGUGGGUGUCUGUCAGACGGUGCUCAGAGAGUGAUGACUCCCUGCCUUUCUGCUGUAACAACAUCCCUUUCCCCUACCCUCCCAGCGUUUUUGAGAACUGCCUCAGUAUGAUGCUGGCGGAGAGGUAUGCUGAGGGCCAUCUGGCCCACAGCGGAGGCCUGUACUUCCAGCCAGAUGGCAGGGUCGCUGCCCUCGUGUUGGCAUUCAAAACCACAUACCUCUACAGCUUCAACUUCAGCAGAACCAGUCUUUUCUACAGAGAAACCCUGACAUGGUUUAGCAGAGAAAUAUCUGGAGCACCACAAGGUCUGGAGAACGGCUGGUUCAUCAGUCAUCUGUCGCUUUUUGAUCUACAACAAGCUUUAGGCUCAGAGACUCUAGUUGUAGCUGGCUUCUCAGUAGCUCUCACGUUUGCUUUGCUUCUUGUAACCACCUGGAAUAUUCCACUGAGCAUAUACGGGACUGUAGCUGUCGGAGGAAGUGUUUUCGUCACCAUUGGCCUCCUUGUUCUUCUCGAAUGGCAGCUGAGUGGCAUCGAGGCUCUGUUUAUAUCAUCAGCAGCAGGGCUGUCUGUGGACUUUAUUGCCAACUACUGCACUUCCUACAGCUUUGCUCCACAUGCAGAUAAAAUUGGUAAAGUAGCACACUCCACUAAAAGAAUGGGGUGUCCCGUAGCAAUAGUUUCUGGUGCAUUUUUCUCCAUGGGGAUAAUUAUGUUGCCUGCCACCAUCUUGCUGUUCAGAAAACUGGGGAUUUUCCUCUUUUUGGUGAAAUGUGUAGCAUGUGGAUUUGCAACCUUCUUUUUCCAGUCCCUGUGCUGCUUUUUUGGUCCCCAAAAAAACUGUGGAACCAUCACGCUGCCGUGUUUUUCAGAUCACAGUGAUGGCGUGCUGUCUUCUUGCUCUGCAGCAGAACCUGGUGCCUCGUCAGCUGCUAACGGGGCUUUUGGCAGAUCUAGAGUGAGGAGGAGCUAUGACAAAGAAGCAGGUGGCUAUCUGUACCCCGACCACCAGCGUCAGCUGAGACAAAAACAGACUGGAGCAGGGGGAGGCGGGGGCAGAGGGCCUGAGCAGUACGAGCUGCAGCCAUUGGCCUAUCGACUGAGCGACAGCUUUGAAAACAGCACCUGCACAAGUAAGCUAUCCAACCGGCCCUCUGUGCUCUCUGAUGAGAUCGAGUACUGUGGGAGGAGUAGUAUGGACGGGGACAGCGAGGACAUGUGCAGUCAUCAACAUAAGGCACUCCAGACUUCAUCUCCGUACAAAGAAAACACUCUGCGGCCUGUAAGCUUGACACAAGACGAUGUAGCAAAGGACAAGACGCUUUGUAAAACCUGCAGAGGUCAGUCUGGUGGAGGGAAGCACUGGUUAAAUACAUCCUUCUCUUCAUCUUCCAGCAUAGACGACACUAUCAUCAGCCACACGCUGGAGACCAUUGACCAGGCGUCUCUCUGCAAAGAUGAACAAACUGCAAACAAGGGCCUCCAUCACCACCAUCACUCAAACAAAGGGCACCUCUCCAGGUCUCAGAGCUCCUGUGAGGGUCUGGAGGACUCUAAUGAAACAUGCUUGAGUGACAUUGAACCGGGACCUUCAAACACGCAGCAGCAUGAAGAAGAAGAGGUUCAGUUACAACCCGGACAUCUGAACGGGAAGAGAGACACACUCCGUCUCUCACUGAAAGAAACAGUUUACGAGACUUGUAAUAAGGGCCGCACCAGUCAGAGUGAAGAAGUUGUCAUCUUGCCAAACAGUAAGCCGGACCUGCCAGACGUCUGGAUAAAGAGAGAUGGACAACGGGAGGAUACAUGUUGAGAAAAGUUGGAGGAAUCUUUGCAAACACUGUGCGUUAAUUGCUCUGAAUUUUUAAAUAUAUAAAGACCAUACUUAGAAAAGCAUAUAGGAGCUACACAAGGAAACUGUGAUUUUUGUGUGAUACUCAAAGGAAAUAUAAGCCAGGUCGGAUGCAACAUGUGACAGCAUGUUUGUCUUCUGUUGCUUUUAAGAUCAGAGCAUGAGUGUCUCUUGAGCAAAAGGUCAAAUCAAAGCAUGACUUGUUAAAAUAUUUUCAGAAAGAAGACCAUGAAAAAUGAAACUUUCUCACAAAA